AUGCCUCGUCCUCCGCGCCCGCCCAUGCCGUCAUGGUCUAGCAUCUUCACACAGACGUGGCCUCCCAAGCCGCCAUUCACCGAGAAAGAUGUGCCGAAUCUUCAGGGCAAGGUCUUCAUCGUCACGGGCUCCAACACAGGAGUGGGCAAGGAGCUAGCACAGAUACUGUACUCCAAAAACGCCAAGGUCUACAUCGCAGCUCGCUCCGAAGAAAAGGCCAACCGUGCAAUCGACGACAUCAGACAGGCCUGGCCGCGGUCCACAGGAAACCUGGUCUUCCUACCCCUGGACCUCGCAGACUUCAACAAGGUUAAGUCAGCCGCGGAGCAGUUCUUAGCCAAGGAGACCAAGCUCCACGUGCUCUUCAACAACGCCGCAGUCCAGGCACUGGGGGACAGCAACGGGCAGACCAAGACGGCGCAGGGCCACGAGCUGCAUCUGGGCGUCAACGUCCUAGGCGUGUUCUUCCUCACACGGCUGCUCACCCCCAUCCUUGCGUCGACUGCCGAGGCCGAGCCGCCGGGGACGGUGCGCGUGGUGUGGGUGUCGUCAAUGGGGACCGAGGCCGUCGGCGAGAAGGGCCGGGGCAUCUCCACGGACUACCUCGACUACUGGCCAUCGCUGAUGCCCCUGGAGCGGUACGGCGUCAGCAAGGCCGGCAACUGGCUCCACGGCGUCGAGUUCGCGCGCCGCCAUGGGGGCGACGGCAUCGUCAGUGUUCCUUGUAACCCGGGCCAUCUCCGCUCGGACCUCUACCGUGAGAGUGGGUGGCUGUUCAAGGCGGCUAUCAGUCCUGUUUUGUACCCACCCGUCUACGGGGCUUAUACUGAGCUCUUCUGUGGGUUGUCGCCAGCCAUCACUAUGGGUGAGAAUGGAAAGUGGGGUGAGCGAAACUUGACCCAUCGUGUGUUCCAUGGAAAUAGCGAAGACUGA